AUGGCUCAGCGUAUGGAUUCUAUGGAGGAGGUAAUUGCAGCAGUGCAGGGAGAAUUUCGGCGUGAAGUGGGUACGCUAAAGGAGGAGAUGCAGAAUCUGAAUCACAGAUUCGAGCAAUUCAUCAAAUUGCAAGAAGACGCUGUACGGGCUGGAGGAAUUUCUUCUGGGGGAAAUAGGGCAGACAGACCUUUUAUGGGGGAGGUUCAUGGGUCAGAUGGCAGCCCAGGUUCCGCCGGAUUUCGCCAUGAAUCCCGAUUUCGGAAGCUCGAGAUGCCUCUGUUUGUCGGAACGAAUCCGGAUGGAUGGAUUCUCAAGGCGGAGCGAUAUUUUGCAUUUAAUCGGCUAACAAAUGAAGAGAAACUUGAGGCUGCAAUUAUGGCUUUUGAAGGUGAUGCACUGCUUUGGUAUCAGUGGGAAAACAGGAAAAGAUCCAUCGUUCUUUGGGAAGAGAUGAAGAUGCUUCUCUUGAAGCAGUUUCGAACAACCCAGGCCGGCACUCUUCACGAGCAAUGGUUAGCACUGGUUCAAGACGGAAGUGUACACGAUUAUCGCCGGAGAUUCAUCGAGUUGUCGGCGCCAUUAGAGAACAUUUCUGAUGAAGUAGCUCUGGGUAAUUUCAUUAAUGGGCUGAAGCCAGAAAUCAGAGUGGAGGUGAGGAUUCUGGAACCCAGCAAUUUGGGCCGGGCCAUGGACUUGGCCCAAAGGAUUGAGGAGAAAUUGUGGAUCACUAAAGCCCAUAAACCCUUUAGUGGGGUUACAAGAGCAGGAACAGGGACUUCACGGGGCAGUAUUGUGCCCUCUGAAGCCUCCCGAUCAAUUUUUAGGGCAAAUCCUUCGGAAGCCAAGAUCGCCGGGGAAGUGAGGAGACUUUCUGAUUCGGAGCUACAAAAGAAACGUGAGAAGGGAUUGUGCUUUCGGUGUGAUGAAAAAUGGGGACCCGGGCAUCGCUGCAAGAAGAAAGAGCUAAGUGUUCUUCUCAUACAUGACGCCGAUGAAGAAGAAUCGAGUCAAAUGGACGUUACGGAAGAGGCAGUGGCUGAUUUGGAGGCGGUUGAACUUAAUCAAGUGGCGGAAGUUUCGCUCAGCUCUGUUGUGGGAUUAACUACCCCAAAAACUAUGAAAUUAAAGGGAAUGGUGGGUGAGCAGGAGGUGGUGGUCUUGAUCGAUCCAGGUGCAACCCAUAAUUUUAUAUCUUUAGAUUUGGUUAAAAGAAUACAGUUGCCUAUUGAUGACAGUGAGGAAUAUGGGGUUACUAUGGGGACCGGAACUGUUGUCCGUGGGAGAGGAUUAUGCAGAGGGGUAGCUCUUCAUCUACAGGGGAUUGAUGUUGUAGAAGAAUUUUUACCACUAGGGUUGGGAAGUGCUGAUGUGAUUUUGGGAAUCAAAUGGCUUGAGACCUUGGGUAUGACACAUACCAAUUGGAAAACUCAAGUAAUGAAGUUUAGGCUGGGUAAUGAAUCUGUUACUCUACGUGGGGAUCCUUCACUGGGGAAGACACUAGUGUCUCUAAAGGCUAUGAUGCGAACCAUCAAGCAUGAGGGCACUGGAAUUUUAGUGGAGUUGAAUCAGUUAGAAGGCUUGGGUGAAGAAAAGUCCAAUGUGCCACCAUUUCUACAUCAGAUUUUGGCAGAUUAUGCAGAAGUUUUUGACAUGCCCAUGGGACUACCCCCUAUUAGAGGACAUGAACAUUCCAUUGUACUCAAAGACGACAGCCAACCGAUUAGUGUUCGUCCGUAUCGCUAUCCUCAUGCCCAAAAAGACGAAAUUGAAAGAUUAAUCAAGGAAAUGCUUGCAGCUGGAAUAAUCCAAGUCAGUAACAGUCCCUUUUCAAGCCCAAUUCUGCUUGUUAAGAAGAAGGACGGGUCUUGGCGAUUUUGUGUGGAUUAUAGGGCAUUGAAUAAGGUAACAGUACCAGAUAAGUAUCCAAUUCCAGUAAUAGAUGAGUUACUAGAUGAGUUACACGGUGCAAAAAUUUUCUCUAAGUUAGACUUGAAGUCGGGUUAUCAUCAAAUCAAAGUUAGUAGCCAAGAUGUUCACAAAACAGCUUUUCGGACUCACGAUGGGCAUUACGAAUUCCUCGUCAUGCCCUUUGGGCUCAUGAAUGCCCCUGCUACUUUCCAAUCUUUGAUGAAUGAUGUCUUCCGGCCCUACCUUAGGAAGUUUGUCUUGGUAUUUUUCGACGACAUCCUGAUUUAUAGUCCUUCUGAAGAGUCUCACCACCAGCACCUAAAACAAGCUCUAGAGAUUCUGCAAGCUAACCGCCUCUUCGUCAACCAAAAAAAGUGUGAAUUCGGGAAAACUGAGGUGGCUUACUUGGGCCAUAUCAUUUCUGGACAGGGGGUAGCAACAGAUCCUAGCAAGAUUCAGGCCAUGCUCUCUUGA